GACGCGGGCGGGGGUAGGCGGGGAGCCAUUGGCGAGCCGCGAGAGCCGGGGGAGCCGCCGCCGACCGGACACGCUUCCCGGGGCCGCGGGCCAGCCCCUGUGCGCCAUGAAGCGCUAGCGCGGCGGCCAGCGCCGGGGCCGGGCGGCGGCCAGGUGCUCAGCGGGCGCGCGGAGAGGCGCGCACCCGGCGGAUGUCCCAGCCGGGGCCCACGAGCGCCAGGUAGUUCCAGUUUGCCAGCAGAAUGAAUACAGAAGGAGACUCAGAAACGACAUUUGAGGAGGAUUCUCAACCUAAUGACGAAGUGGUUCCCUACAGUGACGAUGAAACGGAAGACGAACUUGAAGACCAAGUACCUGUGGUUGAACCAGAACAGAAUCGAGUCAACAGAGAAGCAGAGGAAAACCAGAAACCUUUCAGAAAAGGCAACCGUGUUGGGACCUGGAAGCCAGAUUGUACAUGGCAUGUCAAAGCAAAUGAUCGAAGCUUCCAGGAACAACCUCAGUUUAUGAACACAAAGUUCUUAUGUAUUAAGGAGAGCAAAUAUGCUAACAAUGCAAUUAAAACAUACAAGUAUAAUGCAUUUACCUUUCUACCAAUGAAUUUGUUUGAGCAGUUUAAGAGAGCAGCCAAUUUCUAUUUCCUGAUCCUUCUUAUCUUACAGGCUAUCCCUCAAAUCACAACCCUGGCCUGGUAUACCACCCUGCUGCCCCUGCUUCUGGUGCUAGGCAUCACGGCAAUCAAAGAUCUGGUGGAUGAUGUGGCUCGCCAUAAAAUGGAUAACAAGAUCAACAAUAGGACGUGUGAAGUCAUUAAGGAUGGCAGAUUCAAAAUUGCCAAGUGGAAAGAGAUUCAAGUUGGAGAUGUCAUUCGUCUAAAAAAAAAUGAUUUUAUUCCAGCUGACAUCCUGCUGCUGUCCAGCUCAGAACCUAACAGCCUCUGCUAUGUUGAAACUGCUGAACUAGAUGGAGAAACCAACUUAAAGUUCAAAAUGGCACUUGAAAGCACACAUCAGUAUCUCCAAAGAGAAAAUUCACUGGCAACAUUUGAUGGUUUUAUUGAAUGUGAAGAACCCAACAACCGACUAGAUAAGUUUACAGGAACACUAUUUUGGAGAAACACGAGUUUUCCUUUGGAUGCUGAUAAAAUUUUGUUACGUGGCUGUGUUAUUAGGAACACUGAUUUCUGCCAUGGAUUGGUCAUUUUUGCAGGUGCUGACACUAAAAUAAUGAAGAACAGUGGGAAAACCAGAUUUAAAAGAACUAAAAUUGAUUACUUGAUGAACUACAUGGUUUAUACGAUCUUUGUUGUUCUGAUCCUGCUUUCUGCUGGCCUUGCCAUCGGCCACGCGUACUGGGAAGCUCAGGUUGGCAAUUAUUCUUGGUACCUCUAUGAUGGAGAAGACUCUACCCCCUCCUACCGUGGAUUCCUAAAUUUCUGGGGCUACAUUAUUGUUCUGAACACCAUGGUGCCCAUCUCUCUCUAUGUCAGUGUGGAAGUGAUUCGUCUCGGACAGAGUUACUUCAUUAACUGGGACCUGCAGAUGUACUAUCCUGAGAAGGACACCCCUGCAAAGGCGAGAACCACCACACUGAAUGAGCAGCUCGGGCAGAUCCAUUACAUUUUCUCCGAUAAGACGGGGACACUCACGCAGAAUAUCAUGACCUUUAAAAAGUGCUGCAUCAAUGGGCAAAUAUACGGAGACCAUCGGGAUGCUUCUCAACACAGUCAUAGCAAGAUAGAGCAAGUUGAUUUUAGCUGGAAUGCAUUUGCUGAUGGGAAGCUUGCCUUUUAUGACCAUUAUCUUAUUGAGCAAAUCCAGUCAGGGAAAGAGCCGGAAGUCCGACAGUUUUUCUUCUUGCUCGCAGUUUGCCACACGGUCAUGGUGGACAGACUCGAUGGUCAGCUCAGCUACCAGGCGGCCUCUCCCGAUGAAGGCGCUCUGGUAAGUGCCGCCAGGAACUUUGGCUUUGCCUUCCUCGCCAGGACCCAGAACACGAUCACCGUCAGCGAGCUGGGCACCGAGAGGACCUACCAUGUUCUUGCCAUUUUAGACUUCAACAGCGACCGGAAGCGAAUGUCGAUCAUCGUAAGAACCCCAGAAGGCAGUAUCAGGCUCUAUUGUAAAGGUGCUGACACUGUAAUUUAUGAACGGUUACAUAAAAUGAAUCCAACAAAACAAGAGACGCAGGAUGCCCUGGAUAUCUUUGCAAGUGAGACUCUUAGAACCCUGUGCCUCUGCUACAAGGAAAUUGGAGAAAAGGAAUUUGAAGAAUGGAAUAAAAAGUUUAUGGCUGCCAGUAUAGCCUCAAUCAACCGGGAUGCAGCUCUGGAUAAAGUGUAUGAAGACAUUGAAAAAGAUUUAAUUCUAUUGGGAGCAACAGCUAUUGAAGACAAGCUACAGGAUGGAGUCCCAGAAACCAUUUCCAAACUUGCAAAAGCUGACAUUAAGAUCUGGGUGCUUACUGGAGACAAAAAGGAAACUGCUGAAAAUAUAGGAUUUGCUUGUGAACUUUUGACUGAAGACACGACUAUUUGCUAUGGGGAAGAUAUAAAUGCUCUUCUUCACGCAAGGAUGGAAAACCAGAGGAACAGAGGUGGAGUCUACGCAAAAUUUAUACCCCCAGUGCACGAACCUUUUUUUCCAUCUGGAGGAAACCGUGCCCUAAUCAUCACUGGCUCUUGGCUGAAUGAAAUUCUUUUGGAGAAAAAGACCAAGAGAAGCAAGAUCCUGAAGCUGAAGUUUCCGAGGACAGAGGAAGAAAGGCGAAUAAGGACGCAAAGUAAAAGGCAGCUGGAAGCUAAAAAAGAGCAACGGCAGAAGAACUUCGUCGACCUGGCCUGCGAGUGCAGUGCGGUCAUCUGCUGCCGGGUCACCCCCAAGCAGAAGGCCAUGGUGGUGGACCUGGUGAAGAGGUACAAGAAAGCCAUCACGCUGGCCAUCGGAGACGGGGCCAAUGACGUGAAUAUGAUCAAAACUGCCCACAUUGGUGUUGGAAUAAGUGGACAAGAAGGCAUGCAAGCUGUCAUGUCAAGUGACUAUUCCUUCGCUCAGUUCAGAUACUUGCAGAGACUGCUGUUGGUGCACGGUCGGUGGUCUUAUAUAAGGAUGUGCAAGUUCCUACGAUACUUCUUUUAUAAAAACUUUGCAUUUACUUUGGUUCAUUUUUGGUACUCCUUCUUCAAUGGGUACUCUGCACAGACGGCGUACGAAGACUGGUUCAUCACCCUGUACAAUGUGCUGUACUCCAGCCUGCCCGUGCUGCUCAUGGGGCUGCUCGACCAGGAUGUCAGUGACAAACUGAGCCUCCGCUUCCCUGGGUUAUAUGUAGUGGGACAAAGAGACUCACUGUUCAACUAUAGGAGAUUCUUCGUAAGCUUGUUGCACGGGAUUUUAACAUCGAUGAUCCUCUUCUUCAUACCUCUUGGGGCUUAUCUGCAAACCGUGGGACAGGAUGGAGAGGCACCUUCAGACUACCAGUCUUUUGCUGUCACAAUCGCCUCUGCUCUUAUAAUAACAGUCAAUUUCCAGAUUGGCUUAGAUACUUCUUAUUGGACUUUUGUGAAUGCUUUUUCAAUUUUUGGAAGCAUUGCCCUUUAUUUUGGCAUCAUGUUUGACUUUCAUAGUGCUGGAAUACAUGUUCUCUUUCCAUCUGCAUUCCAGUUUACAGGCACAGCUUCAAAUGCUCUGAGACAGCCAUACAUUUGGUUGACCAUCAUUUUGACUGUCGCCGUGUGCUUACUUCCCGUCGUGGCUGUACGUUUCUUGUCAAUGACCAUUUGGCCGUCAGAAAGUGAUAAGAUUCAGAAGCACCGCAAGCGGCUGAAGGCGGAGGAGCAGUGGCAGCGGCGGCAGAACGUGUUCCGCCGGGGCGCGUCGUCCCGGCGCUCGGCCUACGCCUUCUCGCACCAGCGCGGCUAUGCCGACCUCAUCUCCUCCGGGCGCAGCAUCCGCAAGAAGCGCGCGCCGCUGGACACAAUCGUGGCGGACGGCUCGGCGGAGUAUCGGCGCACCGCCGAGAGCUGACGGCCGCCCGCAGGGCCUCGGCCGGGCAGCCCCGCACGGGAAGGCCGGUCUUUUUACAAAAGCCUCUCAGGACCCUUUUUUAAAAACUGAAUUUAACGUCAUAGGAUGUUAAAGACGAUAAUCUUUGUAACGAUACUUGGGCUGGACUAUUGCCAUAGCAAAGCCAAGAAAACCUUUUUUCCAAGUCCUCUUAUUCACCUGCUGUGUUCACUAUGAUUCAAAGAGAACCUUUGAACCCAGUCUCAAUCUAGGACAACAGAAUUAGAAAACGUCUUGUAUUUCAAUUCAAAUGGUAUUGCAUUUAAAAUUACAAUUCUAUUUUCCUGUCUGGGAUCUUCAACACAAAUUUCCCAGAAGAUCCUUUUUUUUUUUUCCCCCUGUUAGGCUACCUUGUUAACAAAGAUCUUUUAUUUAUAAUGGUAAUGACAAAAGAUUCAUGAAUGUUCAUCACCAGGAAGCUAAGUGGUCCAAUAACUUUUUCGGAGUUGAUAGUGGGCUACGCGAUUUUCAUGUUCCCAUCAUAUUGGUGUAAUAAUUCAGUUCAACCAAGGAAAAUUAUUUGACAUUUCACUAGCAUACUGUUUCAGUCUGUUUCAGUUUACUGCCAGGUUAAAAGCACAUUGCUUACGUUUACUCUUACUAUUGCAUAUUAUUUUAUCCGCCACCUGUACUACCGAGUUGAUUCCCUACUUUCUUUUUUAAAAAAAUGCAUUUAAAUAUUUAUGGGAUUUUUUAAAAAUAGUUUUUUAAAACUGAGGACAUCAGUGAUAAAUUGCAGAAUUUUGCAAAGCUUUCUUUUGAAAAGCAAACUUUGUGCCUGCCUAUGUAUAAAGUAUUUUACAAGGGAUUUGAACAGAGACCUCACUCUUUUUCACUUGUCUUAUGUCUUGGAAGAAAAGGCUCUUGGUAAUUACAUUUCUAAAAGUAAUGGUGUACCCUCUUAACAGUAAUCAUAUUUCUAAAAGUAAUAGUGUACCUUCUUAAAAUUGAAGAUAACUUUAGGCAUUUAUAGAAACCAUCCUCAAAGAGAUAAAAGUUAUUUUUCCAAAAGCUUUUCUCAUCCUGUGAUUUUUAAACACUAGUUCCCAUAUUGUAGUGAAGAUACGGAAGUAUUUUCAAUAAUUCUGUUUUUUACCAAUAGGCUAUGAAUGUUCACAGUACAUGUCCCUUUGAAUUCCUAUGAGGAAACCACAGUUUGUAUAUAGUUCAUUUUCCAGGUAUGAUAAAAGAAUGUUUAGCUCUUUAUUCCAUGGAAGAAAAUCUCUGGAAGUUUACAACUUUUCUUUAUCUUGUAAAUAAAAAUAAUUGUGUUUUUUGUUUUUGUUUUGGUAAAGAAAAGUUCGCUUGUGUAAUUGUCAGUUGCAGAUUUCUCUCCCGAUUUGUGAAUUGUGGGAAAGGUCGACAAUGCGAAUGUGUCAAAGACUUACACUGCUGGGUGCAAUAUUAACAAUUUUAAAAUGCAAAUUGCUAUGAAUAAAUUAUUUCUAUAUUCUGUAAAUC